AUGUGGAGACCUGGAUUGUUCUCGAUAUUCCAGCGCCACCCUUUCAUGGUAGCAGACUCAGAAUCAGAAGACCACAAUUUUCAGUUGCGUAUUCAACCAAGGGCGGGUUUCACAAAUCGACUCCUUACACACACUCUGUAUAGAACGACAGAGCUUAGUGCAUUUAUAGAAGGGCCAUACGGACAUGGAUUCGACCUACGAGACUUUGGUACAGUAGUUCUAUUCGCUAAUGGGAUUGGGAUUGUUGGCCAUCUUGCCUAUGUUCAAAAGCUCAUACGCGACCACAGGCAGUCAAAAACCAAAACAAGGGAUCUUCUUCUAAUCUGGCACGUGGACAAUGAGAACCAGCUGGACUUAGUACGAGAGAUUAUGAACACCAUGCUAAGAAAAGACGACCUGCAAGGUGCUGCGGCACAAAAAGAUACCAACAUUGCGUCAAAGAGCGGAAAGAUAGACCGAUACUUGGGCGGUAGCACCAUCAAAGAAAACCCAGGAAUCCGACCUACUCCGCAUGGAGAGAAUGCAAGUUGCAAUAUUAUAGAUGUCUAUAUCUACGGGGACUACGAGAUUUCUAAUGAAGCCGGAAAUGCAGUACCAUACAAACGGACAGGCAGUCGAAUUGCCGAGGUAAAAGGAAAGCCAGAUGUGCGCCAAAUCAUCAGCGAUGUUCUAGAGACGAGAGUUGGAAGGCUCGCGAUCUGUGGUAAGCUUUGUCAUUUCUUGUCGCUACACUAA